CUCUGAUUGGCGAUUCCGAACGAAUGACGAAAAGGAGACUAAUGAUUCUCUCCACACCCACCCCACCGCCGCUAUCGGAUUUUCCCUACGUCCCGUAUUGUUCUUUUCUAAAACGCGCAUAUCCGAACACCUGGAUGUCGCGAUUCACACUAUAUUGUCAUGCUUGAAGGGAUUCGAACUCGUCUUGGCUAGCCGGCAAUUAAAAUUGGCAGACGCGGAACUGACUGGAUAAGUAAGAUAUUUUCAAGCUCCACGAGUCAAGCGAUUGAAUAAGCCGUAACGCAGGAGAAAUAAAAACCUCAGUAAGAUCCCAACAUAUAGGUACUGUCUUGUUGUAUUCUCCUGCCAAGGACCCCAAUCGUCGAGAACUAUCGCCUAUCAUGGCGACCGAGCCGACAGAGUCUAAGACCGCAACCGUACUCACAGAACCAGUUAAGCAAUCGACAUUCGGUUCAACAGAUCCUCAUCCUGAGAAUCUCCCACCUCUGACCAAGUGGGAGAAGUUUCUCGAGAUAAUUUGGGAUGGCGGGCGCCGAACGAAAGAGGAGCGCAAGCUCGUACAACGACUCGACCUCCAUGUUAUGAGCUGGGCGACGUUCGGAUACUUUAUUCGUCUCCUUGAUUCCACGAACAUCAACAAUGCGUAUGUCAGUGGCAUGAAGGAGGACUUGAAUUUCAAGGGGAGACAAUACAAUUUGCUCGCGACGUUCUUCACCUGUGGGUAUUUGGUCGGCCAGAUUCCUAGUCAGUUUAUUCUGACCAAAGUUCGACCGUCUGUUUAUCUGCCCACAGUAGAAUUACUAUGGACAAUCUUGACGUUCUGCUUCGCCGCAGUUCCAAACGUCAAGACAGUUUUCGCGCUUCGCUUCAUCCUAGGCAUGCUAGAAGCACCGUUCGCAGUGGGUGUAUUGACUUUGAUGGGAUCCUGGUACACACCCCGCGAGCUCAGCAAGCGCAUUGCGAUAUUCUACUCCGCCUCCUAUGCCGCUUCCAUGUUCUCCGGUUACCUGCAAGCGGCCAUUUAUCGUGGCAUGAAUGGCACCGCAGGACUGCCGGGUUGGCGCUGGUUGUUCAUUUUCUGUGGCAUCAUCAGCAUUUGGGGUCCUCUUUGGGGGUACUACGCUGUCCCCGAUAACCCAUAUACCUCUCGCGCGAGAUGGAUGAGGAACGAGGAGCUGGCCUCGCAUCGCCGGAGAAUGGAGAAGAUCGAUCGGAGGAAGCCCGUGCCUUUGAGCUGGGCGAAGUUGAAGAAAAUCGUCACCCACUGGCCACUCUAUGCGUUCACCUUCACGCUCAUAUGCCACUGUGUGGUGACGCAACCCCUAAACUACUUCCCCGUAUGGCUGAAGUCCCUCAACCGCUUCACGGUAUAUCAAAUCAAUCUCUUCCCCACCGCAGCGCAAGCUGUUGGCCUUGUGACCACGCUGCUAUACGGCUGGCUAUCUGACGGCCUUUCUCGCCGUUGGCAGAUCAUGCUAAUCCCCUGUGCCUUCAACUUCAUCGGCAUGGUAGUCGUCGUGGCGUCUCCCAACUUCGGCGCCACCUUUUUCGGAUACUUGAUCAAUGCUGCGAGUUGGGGUUUCUGGCCCGUGUGCUAUGCGUGGAUGAUCGAGAUCCUGCACGAGGAUAUGGAAGAGAGGGCAAUCGUGAUUGGAGUUGCACAGACGUUCGGGCAGGCGUUCAUCGCGUGGGUACCUCUUCUGAUCUUGGAUGUGGGAAAGUAUGCUCCGAGAUUUAAGAUGGGAUUUCAGGUUAUGACGGGAGUAAGCGUCGGACAGACUCUUGCAGUGGGAUUGGUUUGGUGGUUUGUGAGGUGGGAAACAAGAAGGAAAGGCGAGGCCAAGGUAGAGAACAGGAGCAGCGAAGCUGAAGAAGAGAGGGACAGUGAGGUCGGUCACCUAGACUGGAGAAUUGGGGGAGUAUAA